UCUUGGUCGAGGACAGCCCGCCACCUGUCGCCGACGGUGAGACUGACGGCAUCGAAGAGGUCCUACACACACUCGAUGCGAUUGGCACUGUGGUAUCGACGUGGAACAUCACAGAGACCAAGUACAACCGCGCGCUAGUGCUCGCGAUCGAUGAGUUCGGGAUGAAAGUAGCCUCGAUCAAGAGCAUGUAUGAGAGCACCGAUAUCGGACACAAUGUUGACGUGGCGGGCUUGAAGACCACCGUGGGCACACUGUUCGCAGAAUACGAGGAAAUCAACAACCUUGUCAAGAACUUCAACGCGCCGAGGCGCUCCAUCAAGCGGCAAGCGAGUGACCCCAUCGAGAAAUUGCAGGCUCAGUCGCAGGCGCCCGAGGACCCGUCGAGCUUGCCGAUCGCGGACGGUUCUGAGCUGGCGGCUGCGAGUGUUGGCGAGGCAUUCCUGCCUGGCUACCACGACUCGCAAUUUCCGUAG